AUGUCUUUACUGUUAUAUAAGAAAAAAUUAGACUUACCGUCUUUGUAUAAUUUGUUAAGAUUCGUGUCUUUUGAAAAAAUUUAUGCAAAAUCAAAGCCUUGCUCCCCGACGAACUCGCCUAGAAAAGAUCCAACACCAGAUAGAUAUGCUGGUGGCGAUGCAUCAUCUCCAAGAAAAUGUGAGUGUACUGUACGGGACAAUUCAAAAACUACCACUGGAGAUCGUGGUAAGACGGGAGCAGGAGUAACAGGAUCCAGAACCGGUCGAGUUUGUCCUGGACACAAGGAUCCUGGUGGACUCCCAGCAGGAGCUUCAAAUCCUGGUUUAUUGAGGCAUAUUCAUAACGCAGCGCGAUAUCGUCUCCCUCAAUGUUUUGAAGGCGCAUGUGUCUCGGUAAAACAAGGUGCAAGUAAUAAUUGGGUUUUGGGACAUACUUUAUCAUUUAGUUCUGUAUCACCUGGUGGAUAUAAACUGCUACUAUCAUAUGUUGACAAAAAUAAACCUGUAGGUCUACCAUAUUUUAUAAUGGAGGCAGCACCCGGUGGCCAAAUUAGUUGCGAAAUGCGUGUAGGACCGACACAAGGCACAAGGGCUACUGUUGUAACUCAAAUUGGUGAUGGGGAGUUCUAUAGCUUUGAAAGUAUAUUUGAUGCCUAUUUUAACAGUUUCACAGCAUCAGUAAUAGCUGUUAAUCGAGAAUUCAUUGCACUCCAUUAUUUACAGGCGGUAACGGAGCAGCUAUCUUUAGGAGCUGAAAUAGUAGCAAGGGGUUAUGGCGCGGAGUUAAGUUCAGCAUCAGGCGCCGGGCGAUGGGCUAAUGAUGAUCAUUCUAUUAGUGCGACACUUGGCAAUCGUGGACUAGAUUUAUGUUAUGCCAGAGCUUUGAAACCAUUUUUAACGGUUGCUGCUAUGCUUGAGGUUGGUUUCUCCAUACGGCGAGCAGUAGCUACCCUAGCUUAUGAAUGGCAUACCGACGACUGGACUGUGCGAGGGUCCGCAGACUCCGACGGUUUGGUGGGAGCUACGUUGCAGCGUACCUUAGGCGGCAAACGAGCACAGUUGGCUUGCGCUAUCUCUGCGCUUUUAAACCAUCCUAACGAUAAAUUCAGACUGGGAUUUGGAGUCACAGCCGCAAUUAUAUAG